CUUGUCUGAAGAGCUCGAGAGCGGAGGGUGGCGGAAUGUAGACACGGAGACUGCACCAGCUCUCGGCAAACAAGCAUGGCCUCGGAACAGCCGUCUGGGGCCUUGGGAAAGGUCUCCACUGUUUUUGCCACCAAGCUCAAGUCAUUCACUUUCCUGCCAGUUCGUAAAAAGCUUCCCACAGAGGGCAAAGUUAUUACCACAGGGGAAAAUGAUUCAAGUAGAGACACGACAUUGGGAGACCCUGUGGGAUCUGAGAGGAGCAUGGCAGAAGAACAUGGUGUUUACAAGGCCAAGAUUGUGUUCGUGAGAGACUCUGAAGAUGUAGAACCCAAAAUGAUGAGCAAGCACUCUCAAACCCAGCUCAAACCCACUGAUAAGUCAGCUCUAAGCCUAUCCCCUGCCCCAGCCAUGGAUCAUGCUGAAAUAGGCUGCAUAGGUCCCAAGCCCAGUCCUGUAACCACAGAGACAAGUCAUAAUAAACACCCUGGCAUCUCUCAGCUCGGGUGUCAUAACUCCGAAGUCAACUCGCGGCUGUUUUUAAACAGCAUGUCCCAGAGAGAGGAGGGAGUCCUGAGCCCGGCCAGCUCUGUGGACCUUUUCACAUCACCCACCUCUUCCAAAGAGUCCCUUCUCUCCGAGGGCUGGGAGCAACCGAGCAGCUGGUCCACUCUCCAAAUGCUAUCUCCCACCAGUUCUCCUGUUCCUUUUAGCUCUCCCUGCUCUCCGGUGAGGUCAGGGACUUUUACCCCUUCCGUUUUGCGACUCAAGCGCCAUGCUCUGGCUUCGGGCUCCAGCCUGGCGCAGAUGCCAAACUCUUCCAGCCGGACACUCUGUUCCGACAGCCAGGCCCCAUUGCCCCGCCCACCUUCAGCCUGUGCCCGCCACAGGCCGCCUCCCACUCAGCUGUCUUUGCUGACGGCCAUCUUGAGGAAGGGCCGUCUGCCAGUCCUGUCUGCUGCUUUACACAGACCCUACACUCCCUGCUGGCCCAUUACCCCUGCCAGCAUGUCCUCCUGUGUGGCAUGCUCAGCAGCUUCUACUGUAACACCCAUGGAAGGAUCCCUGGCAAAACCCUGUGACUUUAGCAACAUGGGCUGUAAUGAGUCCACUCACAGUGCAAAACCAAAGUUUAUUUCUGAUACUGUAUCCAUGCCACCAAAGAUACAUAACAAUGUUGGCAUCUCCACAAAGCCUGUGGAAGCACUAGACUCAACUGAAUCUAACACUUUUGACAGUCCUGCAAUUACUAUUAGGGUCAUUUCAUCAGCACAGUGUGCCAGCUCUUUGAAUGUGCCAAGUUCUUCUCCAUAUCAGCCCAGAGAAGUUCAUAAAGACACCUGUGUGCCCAUGGAUGCCAGCUCAUUCAUCUUUUCAUCUUUCUGCAAAGCGAGGUCCCUGUCCCCCAAAUCAAGCCAUCUCUCCCACUUCAGCUCUGAGAAUCAGGUGCCGACUCCAGUGUCAUGUGAUCACUCUGUACUACUUCAUUCAGACCACUCGAAAGAGCCGCAAGACUCUUUCUCAUCAGAUCCAGGACGUGGACCCACAUCAAUUGGCUCCACUCUCAAUACGAAUUACACAAAACCUAGUCAUGCACCAUCCUCGACUUUCAAACAUGAACAAAUGCCACAUGACGCCUCCCCCACCCCUGGCCUCAAACAUAAUCAGACUUCUCAAGAUACCCCUGCUUCAACAGUCCCGAAGCACACAAAUAACAGCUCACGCUCCCACUCGCCAAAUUUCAAGAAAGUGUCCACUGAAAUAGAACAGGUUUGCUUGGUAUCCCCGGCUUUUGGACUUUCCCCUUCUCACAGAGCCCCUGGCCUUACCCAUCUGGCCUACACUCCUCCUGUCUCUCCUGUCUGCCCUUUGCCCAGGCCAAGCUCCCGCUCCCCUACUUCAGAUCACUGCACCCUGUCUCCCUCUCCAGCAGUCCCUAGCCACCAAUUCUCCCCGUCUCCCUCUUACUCCUUCUGUUCUUCACCGUCUCCAUCCCUGCGGGCCAGCACCCCAGACUGCACAGACAGAGACAGCAAAAGCAGAAAGCCCUAUAAGAUCAAAUCCACCUACAAGGCCCUUGCUGCUAUUCCCACUAAUACACUUCUUCUGGAACAGCAGGCAAUUGAUGAUGAGGUUGAGAUGAAUGAGGCUUCUCUGGAAUCUAGUGAUAGUUUUGCAUGGGAAGACCCUCAUUCACAGAUGUGCACCCCUGCUCAGCUUCGACAGCAGUCGGCAGAACUGUAUGCAGUUAUUGAUGAAGUUUUAGAAGAUACAAACCAAACAUGUCAAUCGGGCCCUGCUAACAAACUCAUUGUUAUAUCUUCUGCUUCAGAGACACCAAGGAAAUUAACAUCGCCAUCGCCAAGAUCUUUAGGACGUGAAACGAAAUAUGCCAGCUUUCCUUGUCAAUCUCCUGGACCUACUGAGAGAAUAAUGACAAAACCAGGAGUUAUAAGGCCAGUCACUGUAACAGCAAGAUUGUUUGAUGACAAAGUGGAAGAAUAUUUCCCGAAUCCCUUCCAAAGAUACUAGGAUGAUGCUGCAAAUUGUUACCAGUACACGUGCUGGAGUGGAAUUUGUGAUCCAGAACUAAUUAUCCAUCAUCAGUACUUGACCUCAGUAAAACUAUCAUAGCUGAAUACAACAAUCCUCACAGCAAUGUUCCAACAAUUAUUGUAACGCACCCAGAAGAGUAGAGGCAGUAACUACAGCAAAGGGGGAAAAACAAAGUAUGCUCAGUAGCAAAAACUGAGAAAAUUAAAACCACUGGGAAUAGCCUAGUGCAAUGGUACUUAAAGGAGCAAUAAGUCAUUUUUACCACCACAAAGUAGCAAACAAUAUAGAUUAAACUGAUUACAUUUUUUGAUAUAGUGCAGCUCACAUGAAGUUUUAUCAAACUUCUUUGUAGUCUCCAUAAACUGAGUCCACCACACACAGGCAGCCAUAUUUAAAAUAGAUACAGAAUAUCUGAAAGAUCCAGCCACUAGGUGUCAGUAUAGUGACUGUUUCAUAAUAUGAAGACACUGGAAAAAAUGACUUAUUGCUCCUUUAACCUAUGGGCUUUCAUGGGUUAAGGCUAGACGAAUGAUGGUUUUCAAAAUAAGCAUACAAAAUGCAUAGAUUAGUGAUAACAUUUUUGACAAUUCCUUUUCAUAGGCCAAUAAAAUCAUGUCUUUGUAAGUUAAAACAGAUGAGCUGUGUGAGCUGCAAAACAUCCUUAUCUAGCUAGAGAAUUUAAGCUUUGCGCAACGUUAAACAUUAAACUAAAAAAGCUCUGAAGAUAACGGCUAACUAACUACACUAUAUAUGCGUUCUGUGACUAUUCACGAUGGUACAAAGGGUCCACAUACGCAGUGUGUGCUCUCAUAUGAGGUAACUGCUUAAGACGUCUGCUAUCUUAAGCAGUUACCUCAUAUGAGAGCAUAUCUUUUUCUUAUUGAGCUCACAUGUUUACGUUUAUAUUUAUUUUUUGUAUGGUCAGUAAGGCAUUAAAAAAAGCGUUUAGGAGCCGUUCUUUAUUAACGUACUAGCCAAGCUGCUAGCUAACCUAGCAUGCAAAGUAGCUAGCGAGCAUAUUAUUGCAGAAGUCGUCCAAUAUUUAUUAAGGAACGUCCCCUGCGAUGGGAAACGUAAAUAUUUUUGAGAGGGAGACUGAAGUUAGCUAGUUACAAAACGAUUACAGUACACAUUAGCUUGCUAGUAGCUAAAAUAUUUUUGACACAUUUAAAUCAGUCAGUCAGUCUGUCUAUCUAUCAAACAUUAACAUUACAUAAAUGUAGCAAAGAUAAUCAGAAACCUCUAAGAUUACUUACUUUUCUGUUUCUCCGGCAUUUGUGAAGUUGUAACCAGUAAAAUACGUUCUCAUACAACAGAAAAACGGUUUGGGAUGGUGAGAAAUAUUUGCAUUAAAACUACAUAAUACAGUGGGGGCAGGACGGAAAACUGGAUAGAGGCAAAGCUGGAGUGGCGUUUUUGCAAUGGAGAUGGUUUUCGUGUCUCUCUUUUUUUUCCUGGGGGAGACCAUUCCCCCCCCCCCCCCCCCUCAAAUCGAGCCCUGGAGAUAUCCAAUAAAUCCAUCAACUUCAUCACUGUCAGACACAAUAUGCUUGCUGGCUAUUUAACACUUAAUGAUGGAGCCUCUGAAACAUAACAAGCUGUCGAUUGCAGAUUAGACGUUUGACUGAAAUCAUGCUUAUAAAACACAAGUACUUUAAUGUUCCAGUGUUGCUAUCUAAUUUAACUGUAUUCUAGUUAAAAAUAAUAAUAAUUAAACACCAUAAAAAUAAACAAGACAUCUUGUAAGUGCCUUGAGAAGCUGGCAUCUGUCAAGAAACGGAAAUGUUUUGACAUCUUAAAUACCGUGUUUAUCCUCAUAGGCUUUUUACCCAAAUUGUAGGCAGUAAGUCAUUAUAAAGAUUUCAAUGGAUGAUUUACAUCUAUGAGAAGAGAUUACCAAAAACCCAAAGAGAGAAACUUUCCCAGUUUGUCAUUUGCUUUGACAUUUAAACAUUGAGGUGAUAGUAAAAUCUUUCCCAAAUGUUUGUUUAUGUUAACUUUUAUAUGACUGGGAAAAUAAAUUAUAUUUAACCGCUGUGAUUACAAAUAUUGCUGCCAUUAAAUGACUGCCAUUCAAUGAUUUCUACUGCAAUUGUAACACAAACUUUACAAGGUGUGUCACGCCACUCUUAUUAAAUGAAAAAUAAACACAGAGAUUCAGAGA